AUUUAAAUUGUAUUUUAUUAAAAUAUGUCGGCUGUGCAUUUAUGUAGAACGUGUGGUGAAAAGAUUUACCAUCUCAAUGCCACGAAUCUCUUUGAGAAGGAAAGUCGCGAGAUUGUUGAAAAUAUCGCCACUUUGACGGGAAUCAGAUUUGAUGAAGGUGAAGACAUGCCUAAACACAUUUGCCCGUGCUGCCUUUUGGACUUAAACUAUUCAAUUGCCUUCCGAGAGCGUUGUAUAAACGUACAACGACUUCUGCGUGAUGGCCAGCACGAGGAAGCGACUACGCUGGAUCCACUGAACUGUAGUCCACAACGAAAGGUGACUACUUUGAAGAUUAAGAGUAGCAAGCAACCGCAAUCUAAGAUUGUGCGGACUCAUAUGGAACCGUAUCAUAUAUCAAGUAGCCACACUUCACGACGGUUGACAGUUGCUCAAAGCACAGUUCAGCAUGUCAGAUGCAGUUUCAAAGGGGUUACAGCUCCUGGUGCGACCUACGAAGCAUCCAUAGCUUACCCAGAGGCAGACCGUCAUGCGAAGGCAACUAGUCCUAGUCCAACGAAAGCGACUUCUCUGACAUGGAGCAACGAAACAAAGAAGGCUAUGCAUUCAGUAUCAGUGAAUGCUCCAAGCGCAGCACAUCAUACCAGAAGCAGCGCCAAAACGAUUAUAAAUCCUGCUCCUUCGACAUUCGAACCACACAAAUCUUAUACAGAGGCAAAAUGCUGUGGUAGCGCUAAUAAUUCUAGUUCAGCGAAGUCAAGAAGCAAAGGAUCAGGCUUGGAGUUUACGCAGUCAUCAACAGUGGAUUACGAAAGCGAAUUUCUUAGAACACAGUCGGCUGUUAUUAAGAAAUUCGUCUGUGACCAGUGCGGCAAAUGUUUUGCAGAUCACAGCAACUUGAAAGUCCAUAUAUUGCGACACGGUAUCAAGAAUUUCGAAUGUCCGGAUUGUGAUGCAAAGUAUUAUACAAAUCAUCUUCUGAAUUUGCAUAUACGCGUCAGGCACAAGGGAGAAAAGCCAUAUGCCUGCAAAUAUUGUGGCCAGCGCUUUUUCACGAGCACCGCCCGCUGUCGGCAUGAACGGGUAAAACACACGAAGAAAUAUUCAUUUGUGUGCAAAUAUUGCGGAAAAACAUACCUUACAAAAUCGUGCUUAAACAAACAUGAGUUCCUUCACACGGGUCAACGACCAUUUCUAUGCGAAAUAUGCAAUGUGGCGUUUCCCAGAAAAACGAAUUUAAAAUUACACUAUCGUUCAAAGCAACAUCAAAGAAGAGCUGCCGAUAUGUUGGGCACCAAAUGUGAUAUAAUUGAAGAAAUCCCGGAUGAGGCAACCGAAAUGGAUAUCGCAGAUUUAAUUGUCGAAGAAUUUGAUGAAUAAAUAAGCAGUACUGUAA